UCGCCAAUUACUGCCAUGAAACCAACCGAAGGAAUGAGAAACUUGUGGCUGGAAGCCUUGGUUCUCGUGGCAGCUUUUUGUCCCAGCCAAGGGGAACUUCUAGAACGAAGGCCGGAACUUGCUCAGUAUCAAGACGCGUGGAAGGUGCUAAAGGUGCCAGGAAGAUAUUACUUGUUCAUGAGAUCCUAUGAAAAGGAGCCCUUCUACAAACACAAGAAAUGUGUUUUCAACGAACUGGUAUCCGUUAACGAAGAAGAGCAGUACACCGUGAACCUUAUUGGAGCCACAGAUCCCACCGACGGGUCGCGGAGCAACCAAACGGCUUAUGCCUGGGUACGAGCUUCUGAAGGUUACCCUCUUCCAAAUGUGAUCCAGUCAUCACUCACGCUUGACAGGAAGAAAGUCGUAGAGUUCCCAGUUGCCUUCACGGAAUACGACAACUGUGAGAUUCUGAGAGUACCACAUCGCAAAAACGGCUGUGAACUGUGGGUGAAGGCAGGUCAAGAGAGUAAGAUUGAGUCCCUUUGCUUUUUUGUAUUUCACUUGCUGUGUGGGCCGUCAAAGUAUGUUGUGUAUGACCCAUAUUACUGUAAUGGGAAAUAAAAGUCCUUGCU